AUGUCUCCUCAAAACUCUUGUGCCGUUACAGACGAGCUAAAAGCUCUUGGAGUCACAACAUUACAAGAUCAGUGGAAUUCACGCAAUCCCAAUGCAGACUUGUUUGGCAUCGUCGAGGGCUACAACUCGAUUUGUCAAUCGAGAAGGGGAGGCCAAGACUUUUAUCAAAGCAUUACUUUGGUUGAUCCUACUACUACGGGCACAAACGAAGCCAUCACUACGCUGCUAUUCCAUAAAUCAUCUACAGCUCUGUUGGAACAACUCCAUUAUGGUGAUAUCCUUAUUGUUCGAGGUGCACGGAUGAAUGAAUUCCAUGGGAAACGACAAGCGGUCGUUCAGGGCAAAGAGAAGAAGGUCUCAUCUUGGUGUGCGAUCGAUGCCAGCAAUUUACAACCUCGUGUCGUUAAAGAUAUGCCAUUCGAGUUAUCUGAUGACCACCAUCGUAUUGCAAAGAUUCUACGCGACUGGCACCACAGCAUCGUCCCAACUAUGCCAGCUAUACCAAAGCAGCGUGGAUCUCAUCAGCAACUAACGACCGAACAAAUCAAUGAAAACGUCACCUAUUUCAAUUAUGUGGGCAUGGUUGUUUCUUUUCGUCGAAGCUUUGAUAAUAAGCGUGUGGAAAUGAUUCUCACCGAUUACACGCCCAAUGUUAUACCAAUGAAGGGAGAAGAACGUGUGGGUUCCAUCAGCCCCAAGUUACUUAUCCAAUGUACACUCUGGGACAAGGAUGCACAUGAAUGUCCUGAUCUGGAAUACGGUGAUUUUCUGCGACUCCGUAAUGCUAAACGAAAGAUGGGCUAUUAUCAAGAGAUAGUGGUGCGACCUGGACACUCACCAGAGAGUCAAUCUCGCAAAGUCUUCAAGGUAGACAAUGAAAAUGAUGAGGCUGUGGUAGAGAUCAAAAGGAGGAAAAAGGAAUUUGAGCGAUCACAAAGGCAUCCGGCAGCGGAUCACUCGCAACCUGAGAUUACCAUGGAAGACACUUGGACAGCGGUCGAACUUAAAGCUCCUCACGCCACACUUGAACACAUAUUAAAUGACAACAAUAUGGAAAAUGUCUAUACCACGCGUGCUGCUGUGCUGGAUGUCAAGCCGAGGAAUUUGAGAGAUUGGAUGAAAAAGUGGUGCCCUGCAUGUGAAUGGAUUGAAGAUGUGGACGCCGUUGCAUGUAGUCAAUGCCACCAGACAAUCAAUGAAUACACCUUGAUGUUCUCGUUCCUUGUACAAGAUCAUGAAAAUCGACGACUACAAUUACAUAUCUAUGGCGAGGAACCGAAAGUCAUGUUUGAGAACUUGAAAGACAUCAGACCCGAUGAUGAAUACAUUGAGGCCCUGCGUGAAAACGUUGAUCGCAUCUUAUCUACCAACUCCAUAAGGCCAGAAAUCGCAUUCGACUUUGGGAUCAAAUCAUACAUCACAGUUGACAACGAACGCCGGUUUCGACUAUGUAGCACAAUUUUCCAUUUCGACUAA